AUGGCCACAGGAGCUGUAACCACCGCCCUGUCGUACGAUAACGCCCUGCUGGCGACCCUGGCGGUGUACGGGUCCCUGCUGGUGCUCAAGUUCCUGUUCGUGUCCGCUGUCACCAACUGGCCUGCGUACCCGCACACGUUCCCGUUCCUGCUGGUGGGCCUGUUCUACGUGCUGACGUCACCGGAAGCGGAAAUGGCGACACUGCUGAUCCGGGUGUUCGCCGCCGCCAGUCUGGUGGACAUGCUGUUACCUGAAUUCGUGCAGAAGCUGGCAUACUUCGUGGGGACCGCCAUUCUCGCAGCCAUGGCUGUUCAGGUGGUGAUGGUGACCCUGGAAAACUUCAAGGAGCUGAAGUACAUCUACCAACUCCGUGACCUUGUCAUGAAACAACUCAAGUAG